AUGUCGGAGAGGGACAAUGGAUGCCUCUUUUUCGUCGUCGAUGCGCAAUUUUGCAGAAAUGCAAGCUUGGAGUGCGCAUUUUCCGGACUCGCUGCCACGGGUGUGACGUCACCAGCGACCAGUCUACAAAAGGAGCAACGCGAGAACAUCGGCUUCAGAGGGCAUGGCACUUGGCUGACAAGCAUGAUGCCUAAAACGCCGUUACUGCUGUUGCAGGUUAGUUACUGCUCUACGUAUCGUAGUGAUAAUAGAUGCGUGUUAGUCCUGCCAUGCCCUCGUAGAUGUUGUGCUAUUUUGGUGGAUUGCUGGUCAAUACUGCUGUUGCUGCUGAUGGCCGGGGAUGUUGAGGAAAAUCCAGGCCCAAAAACUGCUGAAAUCUUGCAGGAAAUUCUAGGAAAUCAAAAUGCAUUGGAUCGCAAGAUAGAUGAUAUCAGGAAAGAAAUUGCAGAAGUGAAUGCUAAAACUGAUAAGAUGCAAAGUGUGCUAGCCAUGUUUGACGAAAUGAAAAAUAGAAUAGAUAAAUUGGAGACCACCGUACGAAAACAAUCUGAAAAGUUAAUCGAUUAUGAAAAUAGAAGCAGACGAAAUAAUCUUGUGGUGUUUGGUCUUACUGAAAGCACGAACGAGUCUGCACAAGUGUUAAAUAAACGCGUUGUAAAUGACAUUUUUUCUAACGUUCUUGGCAUAGAAGUCACUACAGUGGAAAGAAUUCACCGGAUUGGCAAAGUAAAUCCUGAUAGACCAAGGCCUGUGAUCUUGAAAUUUUAUGACUAUAAGGAAAAGAAUACCGUCCUCAAAAGCUGCGAAAAACUAAAGGGAACUUCUAUCAGGAUAAGUAAUGACUAUGCGAAGGAAACAGUGCAGAUACGAAAGAAGGUAUGGGAAAGUGCUACCUUGGACAGGCACGCAGGCGCAAAAGUAGUUCUUGUGCACGAUAAACUUCGGAUAAACGAUCAGUUAUACGCAUGGGAUGACGUCAGAGACAAGCGCUACUUGCUCUCGGGCAAACGUGAUACUGUUCAAAUGAAACGAAGUGAGCGUGUUGUAUCAAAGCGUGAUGUCGUCCGCGUAGAAGGCGUGACGCAGGCUUGGGAUGUUUUCAAGAAGCCGGAGGAGCUUGAGGAGUGUCACGUUGAAUAG